AUGAUUCUAAACGCUAUCGUACCAAGUGACCUACUAAAGCACCCGAGGAGGCGUGAGUAGUUUUCCGGUGGAAUCGCAUCAUAUGCCGGGGAUCACGGUGACUAACUGCGUGAAGGAGAGAGUACUUGUACUGCGACGUUGACAACUGGCGUGCGACAAGAAGCUUCUUGCUUCCCUCUCCAGUGCCCACUUUGUCUCCAACUUUUUGUGUGGCGUUCUCACGAUCUCUCUGUUAGUUGUAGCCAUGUCGUCCAGCAGCACACCUGUUGAGGAGAUAUCAAAGAUACGGGAGGCUUUAGUGAAGGGCUUCGCUUCGGGAAAAACCAAAAAUGUUCAGUAUCGCAAGGAACAACUUAUCCACCUUGGCUAUCUUCUUCACGAGAAUCGCGACCGAUUUGUAGAGACUUUGGCUACUGAUCUCGGGCGACCGACGCUCGAGGCGGACUUUUUGGAAAUCAAUGGUACUAUUUCCGAAGUGCAAGAAGCCUACAAGAAUGUCGAGAAAUGGAGCAAACCCGAAUCACCUCCCUUCACCUUGAACUGGUUCUUCAUGAGACCCAAGAUCCGGAGAGAGCCAAAGGGUGUAGUUCUGAUCAUCGGACCUUUCAACUUUCCACUUUGGUGUCUUCUGGGUCCUCUCGCGGGAGCGAUUGCAGCAGGGAAUACGGUGGCGCUUAAGCCAUCAGAAAUGUCGUCAGCUACCGCGGACUUGAUCGCAGAACUCAUUCCCAAGUAUCUUGACCCUGAAGUUGUGAGCGUUGUCAAGGGCGGCAUACCCCAAACCAGCAAGCUUAUUGAAUACCCUUGGGGACACAUCUGCUAUACCGGCAGCCAACGUGUUGCAAAGAUUAUCGGAACCGCAGCUGCCCAAAGUUUGACACCAGUGACAUUUGAGCUUGGCGGUAAAAGCCCAGUCAUCGUCGACAAAUCAGCUGACUUGAAACUGGCUGCUCGAAGAAUUUUGUGGGGUAAAUGUGCUAAUGCUGGCCAAAUUUGCGUUGCGCCGGACUACCUUUUGGUUCUUCGUGAAGUUGAAGAGCCGUUCAUCAAAGAAUUGCGCGCUGUAUACAAUUCGUACUUCGGGGCUAACCCAGCCAAGUCCGACUCGCUCUCUCGUAUCAUCUCUCCGCAACACGCUGCACGUAUCAAGAAGCUGGUUGACGAGACCAAGGGCAAUAUCAUCACUGGAGGAGAGGUCGACGUUGAUCAGCGAUAUGUUGCGCCUACUAUCGUAAGGGAUGUUGCCAACGAUGAUUCGCUUAUGAGCGAAGAGAUCUUUGGACCUGUGUUGCCCAUUAUCCCCGUUGACUCUGUCGAUGAGGCGAUCAAGUUUAUCAAUUCGAGAGACCACCCAUUAGUUCUCUAUAUCUUCGCGCAAGACAGGAAGGUCAAGGAGAAAGUCUUUGCGAGCACUAAUAGUGGGGGUGCUGUUGCCAACGAUGUUGUGCUCCAUCCUGCCGCUGCGGGCUUGCCAUUCGGUGGCGUUGGAGCUAGUGGAUCUGGGUAUACCACUGGAAAAUGGGGCUUUAAUACGUUCACCCAUUUCAGGGCUACUCUUGACGUUCCUGGUUGGUUGGACAAGAUUGCUCUGUCCCAUCGCUUCCCUCCAUAUACCGAUAAGAAACUGGCUGAUCUGAAGAAAGUCGUCAGUUACAAGCUUCCCCCUCGCCCUGGUACCCAUGCUGUGACUGCAUCGAAACGCAGGUGGGGUUUAUGGACUCUCCUAGCACUUCUUGCCGCCGUCGGCGCGUUGCUGAAGAAACGUUUGGGCUCAAGUUAGGUGAAAUUCUUCUAAAGUAGGCUACGCAGAACGAUUUCUUCUUGGGAGGACACCAUUCUUCGUCGGAUGUGUGCUGCGUAUGUUGCGAUUUGUCAAACUAUUGGAUACUUUCUGCUUUAUUUGACUUAGUAAAUGGUUGCUCUUGCAUUGCUUUCGCUGUGCUACGAUACCCGUUGUCUGAAAUAGAAGCCAGUGCUUUUGUUGAGGUUUG